AACCACAAGAAAGAAAAGCGCUUUCAUCAUCUGCAAAUUCUGCAGUUUCAACAAAAUCAUCAAGUCACAUGGCUUCAUCAUCAUCAAGCUCUCAGCAACCUGCGUUUCCUCUUCAUUUUUGUUUCUUCCUGCUAACACUGUUCAUGUUUCUGGGUUUCUCAUGGUACAUGAACUACGAGCCAAUCAUGGAGAGCUUGAUGGAGCAAGUGAAGAUGGUUCUAAUGGUGUCUCCUCUCUUGCUUCUUCUUGUGCUUCACUUCCUCUCUAACAGUGGCGGAUUCUUCUCUUCUCUGAUUCCUUUUCCUGAGAAAGAUUCUCUUCACAGAGCAGGAGGCACUCCUUGGGGUGUCGCCUUCCUUCUGGUUUUUCUCUUCUUCAUGAUCUCUUACCAGUCUUCUUUACAAGAACGCUGGUUCCCUCUCUUGGCCAGGUGAAAAAUCUUGAUGAAGCUUCUUUUUCUUGUUGUAAUUAAUCACUGUGUAAUCUUGUGAAUACUGUGAGCUCUUUCCAUUUUUCCAUGAAAGAUCUUUCUCUCUUUAGUUUGUUUACAUGACUUAGCUUCUGAGGUUUCUUUUCUUCUUCUUUCCUUUGUCUGAGCAAGUUAAAUUGAUAUGGCUACUCUGAUAUAUAGUUGAUAUAGUACAAGUAGAUACGAAGUUAACAUGUUUUCAGAUUUUGAUGUAUAAAUUUACAUGUUAGCA